AUGGAGCUCAGGGGAAAGGGGAGGGGUAGGACUCCUCCAAUAAAACACAGAUUUUCUAAACAUCAGGAGAAAGUACAGACAUCAUCACUGCCAUCUAAGACGGUGCCUUCCACUGCACUCCAGAGUACCCUUUCCUUGAGAUUGGGGAACACAAUGACAAGAAACAGCACACGAGGCUGUGGAAUGCAGCAGUGUGAGGCACCAUCAGGCUCGGACCACAAGGCACCAGACCUGAGGAGGAGACGAGGCCUUCACAUGCCUCAGGUGGCAUUUUGCAUAAGAGCCACAAGCAAAAUGAAACCAAGCCUCACUGACUCAGAACCAAUACUGGGGAUCUGA